UAGAUUCAACAUUCGUCUUGAAGACAGAACAAGUUCAGAGACGAGUAGAAGAAGAGAGACGAGAGACGGAGAGGAACGAUGGCUGAAUUCAGAUGGAUUAAAGCCUCUUUGUGUCUGAUUCUGGUGCUUCAGUUUACAGCAGCAGCAACAGGACAACGUUUACUCUUCUUCACUGUCAGAGAUGGAGAUGAAGUCACUUUGCCUUGUGACACUGGAACAGAUGAUCAAAAGAACUGUGACUCUACUUAUUGGCUCUUAGAUGAUUUUAGGAUAUCAGUAGCAGUAUAUCUGGUUAAAGAAGGGCAGAUUGAUGAUGAAGCCAAAGAUAAAUCAGACAGACUGAGUGUUUCAGAGAAUUGUUCUCUGGUUAUAAAGAAGGUCACAGAUGAAGAUAUUGGUAAAUAUACCUGCAAACAGUUCAGAUCAGGACAACAAGAAGGUCAAAAUGCUGUGGUUAUUCUGUCUGUUGUGACCAUUCCUCUUCUUUCUCUCACUAUGUCUCCAUCUUCACCAGUGACUGAACACAAGGACACUGAGGAGGUGACGGUGAACUGCUCUGUUUCUACAUAUUUAUGUGUACACACAGUGAAGUGGCUGAUUGAGGGUCAAGAUGUGGACAAAGACCACAAAGACUUGAUGACAUCACAGUCUUCCUGCUCCGCCUCUCUGACGUUUAUGACUUUUCAUUUCUUUAACACAUUGAGGUUUAAUUCAUUGAUGUGUGAAGUGACCGUUGGAGACAAAGUGCAGAAGUUUCCUUUCAGAAAUUCUCCCUCAGGUGAUAAAACAGGUGAAGACCCAACAACAACAACAACAACAACAACUGAAGAUGACACUACUUCAGGCUGGUGGAGGUUCAUCUAUGUGCCGGUUGGAUUAGCAGCUCUCAUAAUAAUAGUUGUGGCCGUCAACAUUUGGGCAAGAAUUAAAGAGAAGAAAACUCCGAGGGAUGAAAUUGCUGUGCGUCAUGAUGAAGAAGAUGAAACGGUGAACUAUGAAAACAGCCGACCUCCUGAUGGAGUUUGACCAACACGUCAAAACGUAUUUCAACAGGCGGAAAUCAUCUGAAAUCGAGGUCCGUCUGAAUAUGUUCCACAGGGGGGAUGAAGCCUUCAUGAGAACCACUAAGAAAUGUGUUGGUGUUCAUUUCUGUGAAUAUCUUUCAGAUGAUAAUCAGUGCUUGUUGUGAAAAGAGUUUUAUUAAUCUGUUUCAGUCCGGUGUCUUUUCCUGCAUGAGUUGUGAACUUGUUUCUGACCUGUUCAGAACACAGCAGCUGGAUUUUAACUUCAUUUAACAGAAAUGAACAUUUAACUCUUAACUUGCUUAAUUUGUCUUCCAGCUGAACAUUUCACAGCUGAUCUUAACAUUUACUGUUUUAUUUGUAAAGCUACAGCAGCUUGAGCUCAGCUUCAUGUCUCUGUGUGCAGAAUAACUCAUUUUAAUCCACUUUCAUUCAGCAUUUGCAUAUUUAUGAGGAUGUGUCUGUGUUUCAAUGGGUGUUCAGCCUCAAUGGAGUCAGUUACUGUCUUCUCUCUUUAUUAUAUCUGAUAACAAUAUAACCUGCAAAUAAAGAAAGUUGUAUUCUU